CUUGGGUCCAUAUUUCUACACAUUGCGUCCAAGCAAGGGGUUCACGAGCUUAUCAAGUGUCUCGUCGAUCUUGGAGCGGACCCCUGCCUAGAAAGUAAGGUUGGUUUAGACGCCUUUCUGGUGGCUUGUUUGGAUCAAAAACUUGUUCUUUUGAGACGCCUACUUGACUGCAAUGGAGAAAGCAGUUCUCAAAAGACGUUGGAGGUGUGGACACCUCUUCAUCUCGCUGCACUCGAAGGAAAACAGGGAGUGGUCGACAUACUGUUAUCGAACGGUCCGCUCCAAUUCGCAGCCAUGGCCGGCAAUGCUGAGAUCGCUCGGCUUAUAUUGUAA